UUUCCUGUGGUAAAAAUGGAUACCUCUGCCCAUAUGACUCAUAUUGAAGAUGAAACCACUAGGACAUCCACUUCUGAGGGUUUGGAGGAGGGAGAAGUGGAAGGAGAAACACUUCUGUUGGUGGAGUCUGAGGACCAGGCAUCAAUAGAUCUAUCUCAUGAUCAGAGUGGAGAUUCAUUAAAUAGUGAUGUUGGUGAUGAUGUGGAUCCACCAUGGAUGGAAGAAAUGCCUUUUUAUUGUGACAAAUGUCAAAAAUGGAUACCAGCAAGACAGCUUAGAUGUGACCCACCAAGUUACUUGAAAGGGGAUAACUUUUUCAAAUUUGCUUGCUCUGCUUGUUCAGAAGAUGGGAAGGAACAGUUUGAGCGCUUAAAGUUAACUUGGCAACAGGUGGUAAUGUUGGCUAUGUACAACCUCUCAUUGGAGGGCACAGGUCGACAGGGAUACUUCAGAUGGAAGGAAGACAUUUGCUGUUUUAUUGAGAAGCAUUGGACCUUCUUAUUGGGGAACAGGAAGAAGACCUCUACUUGGUGGAGUACUGUUGCAGGAUGUCUUUCUGUUGGGAGUCCUAUGUUUUUCAGAUCUGGAGCUCAAGAGUUUGGAGAACCAGGAUGGUGGAAACUUGUUCACAAUAAACCUCCCAUUAUGAAACCUGAUGGAGAAAAAUACCCUAUCCCUUCACAAAAGGCAAAAGUUCAGGUAAAACCUUCCCUGGACUCUGUCAUCACAGUUGAAGGCCUCAGGAAGAGAGUGAGCCGAAACCCUGUGGAAUCUGCCAUGGAGCUUAAGGAAAAGAGAUCUCGAACCCAGGAGGCAAAAGAUAUACGAAGGGCCCAGAAAGAGGCUGCAGGAUAUGUGGAUCGUAGCACAACCUCUACUCCUGUCAAAUUUUCCAGCAGCAGAAACCGUCGACCAGAUAUCAUGCUUGAGAAGGGAGAGGUUAUAGACUUCUCAUCCUUGAGCUCCUCAGACCGAACCCCUAUGACCAGUCCUUCUCCUUCACCAUCUUUGGACUUCUCUGCUCCAGGCACUCCGGCUUCUCACUCUGCAACACCUAGCCUGUUCUCUGAGGCAGAUCUAAUCCCUGAUGUUAUGCCACCACAAGCCUUGUUUCAUGAUGAUGAAGACAUGGAUGUAGAUGGUGUCAUUGAUCCAGGCAUUGAAUACAUACCACCCCCAAGUAAUGCAAUAGCAGGAUCUUCAACACCUAUUCCUCGAAAAAAGGUCAAAACUUCUCUGCAGAUCAAGCAAGAAAUAGAAAGUGAAGAAGAAAGAUCUGAGAGGGUGGAAAGUGAAUGUCACGAGGAUUCCAUUUAUGACCGAGGACGUGAGAGAAAAAGGCAGCCUGCCAUAGAAAAGGAAAAGAGCAAAGGUCCUGAAUAUAGUAGUAUUAGUCUUUAUGAAGAAAAAGGACUUUUAAAACGUCUUGACACCUGUCCCAGUGCUGUUGCUGUAACCCCAGAGGCCAGGCGAUUAAGGCGAAAGCUGCUCAUACGGCAAGCCAAACGUGAAAGGGGUCUGCCCCUUUUUGACUUAGAUCAAGCUGUGAAUGCUGCACUCCUACUUGUUGGUGGAAUAUAUGGAGCAAGGGAAGGGUCUGUUACAAGACCACAGAGCACAGUUCCAACAUUUCAGACAACAAGCCAAGACUACAGAGUCCUUGAUAGAUUUCAGAAUACAAUGCCAACCACAAAGCGGCGUCAAAAUUUAACUACAAGUUUUUUGGCUCGUCUGGGAGCUUCAGAAGAUAAGGAAACUGAUCUCAGCAUUAUCAGUCCCUAUACGUCUAGAGUCCUAAAGCCUUACAUUAGGCGGGACUAUGAGACAAAGCCUUAUAAGCUGCAGCUGUUGGCACAGAUCCGUGCCUAUCCCCACAGAAAUGAUGCUAGCUGGGAUCCAGGACCAGAAGCUCCAAUUGAUUACUGCUAUGUUCGUCCAUGUCACAUUCCUACCAUUAACUCCAUAUGUCAGGAAUUCUUCUGGCCAGGCACUGACCUGUCUGAAUGUUUGCAGUACCCGGACUUCAGUGUGGUAGUCCUCUACAAAAAGGUCAUUAUUGCAUUUGGCUUUAUGGUCCCUGAUGUCAAGUACAACGAGGCCUAUAUAUCAUUUCUGUUUGUUCACCCGGAGUGGAGGAGAGCUGGCAUUGCUACCUUUAUGAUUUAUCAUCUGAUACAGACCUGUAUGGGGAAGGAUGUAACACUGCACGUUUCUGCAAACAACUUUGCCAUGCUUCUCUACCAGAAAUUUGGAUUCAAAACUGAAGAGUACAUCUUGGACUUUUAUGACAAAUACUUUCCCUUGGACAGCAAAGAGUGUAAACACGCGUUCUUCCUCAGGCUACGAAGGUGAUGUACUGCAGCUUCCCCAAGAUGUGCAACUGAUCUGAAGAAUUUCAGUAGACCAUUCUGGUUCAUUUUAGAUAUAAGGAGUUGCUCUAACAACUUCUGUUGCAAGAUCAUCUACAAUAAAGAUUAUUCUACAUCUAAUGUCCACUUGAAAAAUAAAUUUUCCUAGUCUGUAUUUUAACUUUGUAAAGUUAUUUACUCAUGGUUAUUUUUUUUUUUCUUCUUCUUCAAAUGGAGUUUUCCACCUUGAAACAGAUUUGUGCUUAUUAUGAAGCUAAAUUACAAAUGAUGUCCUCCUUUGAGACUGAAUAUUGAGCCUUGAAUGUAUCUAUGGUGACUAAAUGUACCCAUGCCAGCAAGCUUUGGUUCAUUGCGUAUUUGUUAUGUGUCAAGAUCUCUGUUGGAACUGGGAGAAAGCGUGAAACUGCAAUAUUUUGUCUUCAGAAUGAAGCAACAUAGUUGUAGAACAGUUGCUAUUCUACCUGCAAGUACAUAAUGCUAAAGAUUAGCCACUAUGAAUCAUGUUGAUUAUGCUAUUGAGAACAAUAAAUCACAGACUUCUUUAGGUUUGUUAAUAAAGGAACAAAACAA